AUGUCGCACGUCCCCAACUUUGAAGAUAAAUACAAGGCCAAGCUGCUGCAAAAGGCAAAGGCCGAGGGCGUGGCUACGAUUGAGGAGCUCAAGAAAAAGAAAAGGGAGGAGAUCGCCACAAAGAAGGAGGACCAGCACCAGAGGGUCGAGACCGCCACAGCCCCCACUAAUGGCACGCAGGGCAGAAGAUCAGCCGCGAGCCCGAAGAAAAGUCCCAGCAACUUGCCGCCAAGCACAAAGACGCUGGAUCAGAUCAUGCGGAUCGAGCUGCUGGAGAACAACACGGCGGAGGAGAUCAGCGACAUCUGGAACAAAUACCAUGCAACCAGGGACACGAUCUCAGCAGUCAUCCCGACAUCCACAUACACCGAUCUUCUGCAGGUGGCGCGCAAAAAUCCGAUAUUUAUCAUCCCUUUGCCGCGUAAAGAAGGAGUCGAGUUCUACUUUUUGCAGUUCGAGCACCACCAGGUGCACUUUACAUCGUUGAUCGAAUACAAGACCAACACGGUCAACGCCAGGCCGUACCUGACGCUGACGCACUAUACGGAUCUGAUGCAGGGCAAGGGCGUUGUGCUGAUGCGCGGCGAGAUGGAUGGCGAGCAGAGGUUCUUGGAUGUGCAGAAUGCGCAGUAUCUGGCCCUACAGAUGCAGCAGUUUUACGUUACUGGUGGGCUCGAGAAGCGCGCGCUGUUGGAGAAGUUCAACCAGCGGCCCGAGGAGUUUGAUUACCAGGAGCUUAUGAGCGUAGCUGAAAAGCUUUGA